UUGACCACAAUCCAGUGCGUUACAACAAAACGUGUGAUUGGCUGUCAAAACGGAGUUUCAGGAAGUAACGAGUUGAAUUAAACAAGCAUUUCGCCAGGGGAAAAUCGUCUUAACACCACCUGCUUCCGAAUUUCCACUCACUCAGUCUUGACAUGGCUGGAAGAAGAGUUGUGGUGUUUCCAUCUGCAGCAGAACUGGGCCCAGUUCUGGCCAAUCUAGUGGCAUCGCGGGCUGAGAAAGCCAUCUCUUCUAAUGGUCGGUUCACUCUGGGUCUUUCUGGAGGAAGUCUUGUCAAUAUCCUUAGCAAGGAGCUUCCUGCCUUACCAGAGUUGGACUGUAGCAAGUGGGUAGUUGGUUUUUGUGAUGAACGGCUGGUUUCCUUCGAUGAUCCAGAAAGCACUUAUGGACUGUACAAGAGUCAGCUGUUUUCCAAGGUUAACAUCCCUGACAACGCAGUCUUAACCAUUGACUGCUCUUUGCCUGUACAAGAGUGUGCUGAAGAUUACACCUGCAAACUGAAAAAGGCCUUUCCAGAUGACGAGUUUCCUGUAUUUGACUUGUUACUGCUGGGGAUGGGACCUGAUGGACACACUUGUUCCCUUUUCCCAGACCACCCUCUGCUGCAGGAGAACAAGAAGAUUGUGGCUCCCAUCAGUGACUCCCCCAAACCUCCACCUCAGCGUGUUACCAUGACUUUUCCAGUGGUGAACUCUGCACACUGUGUGGCUUUUGUAUCAACAGGAGGCAGCAAAGCACAAGUUUUGAAGGAGGUGCUGGAGGAUAAAAAGGAUUCCAUUUAUCCAGCUGCCCGUGUUGCCCCAACAAAGGGAGAAUUGUUCUGGCUCCUUGAUGACCCAGCAGCUGCUUCCUUGUCUAUUCGGGUAGAGAGACCAGGAUCAGGAGGAAAACUGUAAAGCUCCCACUGACAUCAAAGCAGCAAGUUUGUAUAAUGAAAAUGGUUUAGUACAUUCCCAAAUGUGUCAGAUACAUUGAAAAAUAAUAAUAAAAUAAACUAAAUAUAUUUGCUUAA